UUGAUUUAAUGCGCUCUCUUUCACUCUCACUCUAAAGCGCUUUGUGAUCAUCGAAAAAAUUUCUCCAAACGCCAAAAUUUCUCAUUUUCCCAUUUUCCCUUUUCUCGCCUCCCACGCCCCGCCCCGCUCUUGUUCUUGGAUCUCAUCGCCAUUCAUUUUCAUUUCUUUCUCAAUUCCCCCAACUCCCUCUCAUUCACAUCUCACUCCCAUUUCCUUCCUUGAAGAUUCUUGAAUUCUUCUUCUUCUUCUUCUUCUUCUUCUUCUUCUUCUUCUUCUUCUUCUUCUUCCCCAUUUUCAAUCAUUUCUGUGCUCACAACCACUUUCUACCUUCUGGGUCGCUCUCCAAUGGCCUCCUUUACGGUCCCAUGCCCCAAGGCCUCCACUCUUCCCGGUUUCGGCUCCACUGCUCAGAAGAUUCGCCAUCACAACCACAUGAACCACAAUCUUUCUCUUCAUCGCCACGGUUUUUGCUUGAAGGAUUCCUUUUCGUUUGGAUCUUCUUUUGUCGACCCGCCAUUUUCUGGGAUUCAGAGUCCAAACAAGAAAUCUGCUGGUUUAGUUGUGUAUGCACUUAAUGAGGUGGUUGUUGGAAAAACUUCAAAUUCUGCACCAGCACUUGUCCCUACACCUGGGAAUGCACCAUCUGGAGGAAAAGUCGACUCUGCAGUUGCAGUUUCUGAUCAAAGUUCCCUUCCAGACGAGUCGUCAGUUUCUGCCUUCAUGAGCCAAGUUUCAGAUCUCAUCAAACUUGUUGAUUCAAGAGACAUCAUGGAACUGCAACUGAAACAACAGGAUUGCGAAAUUGUAAUAAGAAAAAAAGAAGCUUUACAGCCACCAGCACCUGCACCGGCUCUCAGUCCAUACAUAUCACUGCCACCACCUCAAGCGCAUAGCAUGGGUGCACCUCCACCGACCCUGGCACCUGCACCUACAGCUGCUUCUGCUGCUCCUGCAAGCCCUCCCCCUGCACCAAAAGCGGGUGGUUCUCAUCCACCUUUGAAAUGCCCCAUGGCUGGAACAUUUUAUCGAAGCCCUGCGCCGGGAGAACCUCCAUUUGUGAAGGUGGGAGAUAAAGUGCAGAAAGGCCAAGUGAUAUGUAUAAUUGAAGCCAUGAAGCUAAUGAAUGAGAUUGAGGCUGAUCAAUCUGGAACCAUAGCUGAAAUAUUGGUUGAAGAUGGCAAACCAGUCAGCGUAGACACGCCUCUUCUUGUGAUCGUACCUUGAUAGCCUUGAAGAGAGGACAAACUUUCAAUCCCAUUGGCUUCUUUUCUUUUUUCAUUUUUCCUUAGGUUCAAAUUUGUUAUAGAUUUUACGCACUAAUGGAAGAUGUGUACCUUUUACUAAAAAUAAAGACAGAUGUAUUGUUGAUUGAAAGGGACGGUACCUUUAGAGGGCCUAUUCGAUAACAUUUUCAUUUUCUGUU